AUGGGGCUGAUGCAGGGGUGUGAGGGCAGCCAGGAGCGGUUGCAGCAAGAUGGGGAGCUGGGCUGGGGUGAGGAUGCCGGGGUGCUGGGGCUCCCUCUUGCUCCCAAGCGGAUGGCGACCAUGCCGCCCUGGCACCCCAUCCCCUGCCCCCAGACAGCCCGGGGGUCUGUCCUGGUGCUGACGCUGCCCGUCGCAGCAGGAGGGAGCCGGCAGGAUGGGAACAGCAGCGGGGCGACCAGUGCGGCGGGGCCGCCCCCAGAGAGGGGCUGCGCCUGGAGCCCCCCGGCCAACGGCAGCGAGGAGCCGCCGCGCCUGCCCACCUUCUCGCCCGCCGCGCAGGCCCGCGUGGGCAUCACCCUGGCGCUCUUCGCGCUGGCCGCCGGCUGCAACGUGGCGGUGCUGCGGGCGGCCGGGGGCCGGCGCCGCGGCCGCCGCUCCCACGUGCGCCUGCUGCUGCAGCACCUGGCCGCGGCCGACCUGCUGGUGGCCGUGGUGGCCAUGCCGCUGGACGCCGCCUGGAACAUCACGCUGCAGUGGCGGGCGGGCGACCUGGCCUGCCGCCUCCUCAUGUACCUCAAGCUGCUCGCCAUGUACGCCUCCGCCUUCGUCACCGUGGUCAUCAGCCUGGACCGGCACACGGCCAUCCUGCGCCCGCUGGCCAUAGCCCGCGCGCGCCGCAGGAGCCAGCUCAUGCUGUGUGCCGCGUGGCUGCUCAGCGCCGGGCUCUCCGUGCCGCAGCUGUUCCUGUUUCGCGUGGUGACCGUGCGCUCCGCGCGCAACUUCACGCAGUGCAGCACGCGGGGCAGCUUCGCCCAGCCCUGGCACGAGACGCUCUACAACGUGCUGGGCUUCGCGGGGCUCUUCGUGCUGCCACUGCUCGUCAUGGUGUGCUGCUACGCGCGCAUCCUCCUCGCCAUCUCCCGCCGCAUGGGCUCGCGCCUCUUCUCCUCCAGGGACGCGUCCCUGCGCUGCUCCACAAGCCACAUGCCGCGCGCCCGGCUGCGCAUGCUGAGGAUGAGCCUGGUCAUCGUCACCUCCUUUGUUGUCUGCUGGACCCCCUACUACCUGCUGGGGCUCUGGCACUGGUUCUGCCCCCGUGUUGUGGAGAAGCGGGUCUCGCAGUCCCUCAGCCACAUCCUCUUCAUCUUUGGCCUCUUCAACGCCUGCCUUGACCCCAUCACCUACGGGCUCUUCAGCCUGCCUUGGCGCAGGGGCCGGCGCUGCCCGUGCGUGCUGGGCCCCGCGCCGCAGCCGCCCUCCCCGGCCACCGGCUCCUUCCGCUGCUCCGCGUCCUCGGUGCCGGCCCGGCGGCGCCAGGAGGCUCCGGAGCUGCCGCCCGGCCCCGGCACCCAAGAGAGCGGCGCCCUCUGA